UGAGUGAGUGCAAACUACUGAGUAUGUUUCAUCCAAACCCAUAAAUCCAGCAAUGGCCUUCACUCCCAACAAUCCCACCGCCACUCUCCAUCGCCCUUUUCACGUUCAAUGCCUUCUCCUCCGCCCCUCCCCUCCUAACCUCUUCCUUCCUCAAUGUCUCUCUCUCCCCACCACCAUUCCCCCGCUUCUUCCUCCUCUUCCUCUUCCUCUUCCUCAUCCUCAUCCUCAUCCUCCCACUUCCUCUGUUCCUACGCCCCCGACUUUCCCAUCUCCGAUGACUCCCCCAUUUCCACUCUUCUUCAAUCCGAGCUCCACCACAUGCCCCGCAUCGACUACCUCCGCCGCUGCCGUGACCACUCCAUCGACGUCACCGCCCGUCAAGACUCCAUCAACUGGAUCUUGAAGGUUCAUUCCCACUACAAUUUCAAACCGGUGACUGCGAUUCUCUCCGUUAAUUACUUUGAUCGCUUCCUCUCCUCCAAUAUUCUUCCACGGCGAAAUGGAUGGGCGUUUCAGCUUCUAUCGGUGGCGUGUUUGUCAUUAGCGGCGAAAAUGGAAGAACCUGAGGUUCCGUUGCUUUUGGACCUUCAAAUCUUUGAACCUAAGUACGUCUUCGAGCCAAAAACCGUCCAGAGAAUGGAGCUUUGGGUUAUGUCUAUUCUCAAUUGGAGAUUACGCGCCGUCACGCCUUUCGAUUUUCUCCACCACUUCAUCUCCGAUCUUCCUACGUCUUCUUCCGCCGCGGAGAGCGGUCGUGGAGACAGCGAUGAUUCUCAUCGCUUAUUCUCAUCCUCUUCCGAUCUUAUUCUCAGCACCACACGCGUGAUCGAUUUCUUGGAGUUUCCGCCGUCCACCAUUGCUGCCGCCGCCGUUCUCUGUGCCGCAGGUGAACGGUUGGGUUCCCCGGUGGUUUGUACCCAUUUUCUUGCGGCAAACAGAAUCGAAAAUGUGAAAAGCUGUCACCAACUAAUGGAGGAGUACGUGAUUGACACGUGUACAGCAGAGCUCCGAAAACAGCGGAGGAUCGGAGAAGAGCAGCCGGCUCCACCGAGUCCAGUCGGGGUUCUCGACGCGGCUGCUUGCGGUAGCUGUGACACACGCUUGGACCAUCCUGGCUCCACCAGCCACGAACCCCCAGCCGAGCCCUCCCCCUCAAAGAGGAUACGCUCCUCUGCCCCGGAUGUACAGCACCAGUAGAUAAGCCCUACUUCGUGUCAUUUUGUUAUAGGGGACAGAGAGAGAGAGAAAGAUAUUUUUAUUUUUUAAAAUAAUUGUUUUUAUUUUUAUUUUUAUUUUAUUUUACUUUUUAAAAUCUGUGGUCUUUCUUUCGCCCUCUCCCUCUUUCUUUUUUCUUCGGUCGCCAUUCUCUUUGUCGUUGACCAUUAAAAUCCAACGGUUGAGAUUGCAUGGAGGUGCAUCUCAAAAAAGAAGAAGAGAGGAUUUUUUUUUUUUUUUUUUUCUUUCAGUUAUUUGUAAAAGAAGAAAAGGGGGUUUAUAGAAUAGAAUAUGUAUGAAUUUUGGGGGUAAGAUGGGGAAAUAAGAGGGAGGUUUAAGUAAUGAUAGGAAAAGUGUUUUAAAGUCAAUAAUUUAUGAAUUAUUCGAUGCUGCGAUUUUAUGAUCCCCAUGCAUGAACAAGAACAGCCAUUGGAUUUAGAUUAUAAAUGAGUGGCCCUUUGGGAACUAUUUUCACCAUUUUCCUUUUCUUUUACCAUUUUACCCUUUUCCUUUUUUGGUCCACGUGGUGGGUGUCUUGUAAAUCCAUGUAUAUCAUAAUUUGCCUCCUUUUUCUCCCCCGCCCCCCCCCCCCCCUAUUUCUUUUUUGUAUUUAUAUUUGGUUCUAAUGUUUGUAUUACAUUUUAUAUUUUCAU